CACUGGCGUCGAGCAAUUACAAAAGCAGCCACACGAAUAGAGCGAGCGGCAAUCGCCAGCGGGAGCAGUUCGGCGUUGGAGCUAAGCACCUACGAUCGCACAAAGGCUGUCUAUGAACCAAAAAUCAACAUUACUUGAAAUUAAGAUAAUGGCUGACAUGGAGGAAGUGCCUGAGAAAGUGCCACGCUUUGGGCUGCGCCACGUGCAAGCGGGUCUUCUCUUUCUCGGACUGGCUGCCAACACAGUAUUGCAGCUAAAUGUAAGCGUUGCUGUGGUGGCGAUGACCAAUGGAACCACAUCGAACGAUACCGACCCGCCAGUGGCACUACAACUGGACUGAGGAAAAAAAGUCGUACAUCCUGUCUAGCUAUUACUGGGGCUGUGCUCUGGCCCAGUUCCCAGCCGGCUAUCUAUGCAAGCGCUUUGGAUCCAAGGCUGUUCUCUUCUGGGGCACUCUGGGAUCAUCAUUGCUCAGUGCCCUUACAACCUAUGGAGUUUAUGUUGCCGGUUGGAAGGCUUACUGCGCGAUUCGCUUACUGCAGGGUCUUUGCCAGGUGACCUGGCCCUGCAUCCACCAGCAUUUAGCCAACUGGUGCCCAACGGCGGAGCGAACGCGUCUAGGAGCAUUUGCCUAUACGGGCUUUGAUUGUGGUAAUGUUUUGGCCAUGUAUGGAGCAGGCAUGAUUGCAAGUUCUUCGCUGGGAUGGCCUGGCAUUAGUUACUCGGCAGCCGGCUUGGGCAUAGUGUGGUGCGUACUCUGGAUCCUCCUCGGAGCAAAUAAGGCCAGUGAGGCCAGGUUCAUUCGCGAGGCGGAGAAAUCGUAUAUUGUGCACGACAUCCAGCGAUCGGAAAGAAAGGAACCGAAGAAAAUGGAGAUUCCUUGGAAGGGCAUUUUCACAUCCGCCCCAGUCUAUGCACUACUCUGCGCUCGAUGUGCUGACAGCUGGGGACUGACCACUAUGCAAACCGAAUUGCCCACCUACUUGAGCGGCGUCCUGAAACUGGACAUGAAAAGUAAUGCUAUUUACUCAGCCCUUCCCUUCCUACUCAUGUGGGUAAUGUGCUACGUUUACCUGAUCAUUGCCGAUGUACUGCUUCAUAAAAAGUGGAUGAGCUUGACAGCGCUGAGAAAGACCUACACGAGCAUAGCUCUUUGGGCUCCGGCUUCCAUAAUGCUGACCCUUGUGUUUGUGGGGGAAGGGCAGAAGUCCUUGGUCCUUGUCUUAGUAACUCUUAGUGUGGGCGUGAGUAGUGCAGCCACGAUUGGCAGCGAGCUGAAUACGAUUGAUUUAUCACCAAACCACGCGGGUAUUCUAGCUGGCCUUAUGAGCAGCUUCACCAAUCUGAUGGCUCUACUUACGCCUCUUGUGGUGGGUCUUCUGGUAACGGACCCAAGUCAGCGGAGCCAGUGGCAGGUGGUUUUCGGUAUGGCUGCAGGGGUUUUAUUUGCCGGAAAUGUUAUUUUCUUGAUUUGGGGCUCUGCCCUAACCCAGCCGUGGAACGAGUCCAAGGAAUUGCGCCGUGAAUUGGAGCCCGAGGAGAAGCCUUUUAAACACACCAAACUUGAAAUAGGAGCUGAUAGUUCUGAUGGCAACGGAGUAGGUUUAAAACUUAACUGUAAGAGCCCUUGAGAAAUAUAUUUAUUUAUAUAUAUA